AUGCAAAACCUGCAAUUGAAAUGGAACACACAGUUGAGAGAAUUGGCGAACAAAUCCCACUUCACCAAUGCAAUUUCUGUCUACCUUCAAAUGCUACGCUCUGGUUAUUCUCCAAAUGCAUUUACUUUCCCAUUUGCACUUAAAUCCUGUGCCGCCCUUUAUCUCCCAUUCACCGGAAAACAACUCCACGGUCAUGUUUUAAAAACUGGGUGUUUGUUGGAACCUUUUAUUCAGACGUCUUUGAUUUCUAUGUAUGGGAAAUGCGGUUUUAUUGAAUAUGCGCGUAAGGUGUUCGAUGAAAAUCCUCAAUCAAGUAGAUUAACUGUUUGUUACAAUUCUUUGAUAUCUGGGUAUGGGAUGAAUCUUAUAGUUAAGGAUGCGAUGGUUCUGUUUAAUGAAAUGAGAGAUUUGGGCGUUGAAAUAAAUGGGGUUACAAUGCUGGGAUUGAUUCCGUUAUGCGGUGCUCAAGGGAAGUUGGGGCUAGGGAUGUCUGCUCAUGGUUUGUGUGUGAAAUUUGGGUUGGAUAUGGAUGUUUCUAUAGCGAAUUGUUUGCUUACGAUGUAUGCAAAAUGUGGGGAAGUUGGUUUUGCGAGAAAGUUGUUCGAUGGUACGCCGAGAAAAGGGCUCGUUGCUUGGAAUGCUAUGAUAAAUGGGUAUGCGCAAAAUGGUCUUGCUACUGAUGUCUUGGGACUUUAUAAGGAGAUGGAAUUGUGUGGGGUUUCCCCAGAUGCAGUAACAUUUGCUGGAGUACUCUCGUCUUGUGCUCAUCUCGGUGCACAAAGUGUUGGCAGGGACAUAGAGCAGAGGAUGCAUACUUGUGGAUUUGCGUCCAAUCCGUUUUUGAAUAAUGCUUUGGUUAAUCUUUUUGCUAGGUGUGGUAAUUUGAGAAGAGCUAGGGACAUUUUUGAUGGCAUUGCUGUAAAGAGUGUAGUUUCAUGGACAGCAAUGAUAGGUGGGUAUGGGAUGCAUGGAGAAGGGGAGAAUGCAGUUAAGCUUUUUGACACCAUGAUCAGGACCGGCAUUAGACCUGAUGGAACAGCAUUUGUAAGUGUUUUAUCAGCUUGUAGCCAUGCAGGAUUGGUCGAUAAGGGGUCCGAUUAUUUCGAGCUAAUGCAGAGUAAGUACGGAUUGCAGCCUGGUCUAGAGCAUUAUUCUUGCAUGGUAGACCUUUUAGGCCGAGCCGGUAGGUUGCACGAGGCACAAGAGCUCAUCAAAUCUAUGAAAGUAAAACCUGAUAGUGCAGUGUGGGGGGCACUCUUAGGUGCCUGCAAGAUUCAUAAAAAUUUAGAGCUAGCAGAGCUUGCUUUUGAACGUGUGAUUCAGCUCGACUCUACAAAUAUAGGUUACUAUGUGUUAUUGUCUAAUAUAUAUACUGAAGCAGGAAAUCUAGAAGGGAUGUCAAAAGUUAGAGUGAUGAUGAGGGAGAGAAAGCUGAAAAAGGAACCAGGCUUUAGUUACAUUGAAGUUAACGGUAGAGUGAACCUCUUCUUUGCUGGAGAUAAAAUUCAUCCUCAAACCAAGGAAAUAUAUGAGAAGUUGAAGGAGUUAGAAAAUUCAGUAGAUGGAUUUAACAAGAAUGAACAAGAAAUAAAAAAUGCAGAAGCUGUAAAUGGUAUGGGUGUGCAUAGUGAAAAAUUGGCUAUUGCGUUUGGGAUCUUGAACAUUGCAGAAGGGUCAGAUAUUGUUGUCAUUAAGAAUCUCAGGAUAUGUGGAGACUGCCACUUAUUUAUAAAGUUGGUUAGCAAAAUUGUGAAUCAUAAAUUUGUUGUUAGAGAUGCGACGCGAUUUCACCAUUUCAGGAAUGGACUAUGUUCUUGUAAAGACUAUUGGUAAUACAAUUUAGGCUGUUAUGUU